AUGGCAUCUCUGACAGACCAAUCGCCUGCAAACCCCAUGUUCGCUACCUCGAACUCGUCGCGCCCAACGACUGCUGAGAAGCCGAAUCUCAGUGCGCCAGUAGAACCCUUACAGACAUCAUCAUCACGGCCACCAAGCUUUGUGCCAUCGGGCAAAUCAGUUUCGACUUCACACCAAGACGGCCCUCGCUUGUCAACAGGUGACAAUGGCGUCGCCCCGCUCGACUUUCAAGGCUCUGUUGACAGCAACAACGACCUACCAAGUCUGGCGACCAUAAAGAAGAUGGAAAACUACCAUGUCCUCGAUCGCCAUGGCAAGUCGCAUACCUUCCGGAGUCUCUACACUGGCAAGCACGUUGCCCGCCGAGUCCUCAUCAUCUUUGUCCGCCACUUCUUCUGCGGUCAAUGCCAAGAAUACCUCCGCACUCUCUCUGCCUCCAUAACCCCCGACGCCCUCCUCAGGCUCCCACUCUCGACCUUCAUCGCCGUCAUCGGCUGCGGCGACCCACAGCUCAUCGACAUGUACGCCCAAGCGACCAACUGCCCGUUCCCCAUCUACGCCGAUCCCACACGCAAGUUAUACCAGGAGCUCGGCAUGGUACGCACUCUCGCGCUGGGUGAGAAGCCUGCCUACACGAGCAAGAACAUUGUCAAAACCUCGCUCGAUUCGAUCCUACAAGGCAUCAAGCAGAUACCCAAGGGGCUGGUCAACAAAGCGGGAGACUUCAAGCAAAUUGGCGGCGAGUUCUUGUUCGAGCCGGUGGACAUCCAGAGUCCCGUCAAUGUUGUACCAUGGGAGGACAUGGCAAGAACCCUGGAAAGGGCAACAAGAGAGAACAAUGAAGCUGCUGCCGCUGCUGCUGAGAGGAAGAGAGACAGUUCCGGGUCAAGGCUAGAACCAGACUCUGACGACAAGGAGACUGGCAAGGGGACAAUAAAGAAGGAGAAGAAGAUCUUUGGCGGUCAAGGACACCGUCCGUCAGAGGCCAGCAUCGACGGGAAGAACGAAGAGGACGAGGGCGAGGAGAAGAGAGUGACAUGGUGUCACCGCAUGAAGACGACGAGAGAUCAUGUCGAGAUCCCUGAACUUAUGGAGGUGCUAGGCCUUGAUGGGCAAGGGGAGCCCAUUAAGGACUCCAGGAGGUGGUCCAAAGCCCUGGAAACAAGAAAGGGAACAGGGCUUAGCAUGGCGGGUAGGAUGAAUACUAUGAAGGCUGAGGCGGGAGCGGGAGCUUAG